AUGUCAUUUUCCCAUUUUGUACCUCCAAUUUCUAGGAGACGUAUGUUUUUUGAGGAUCAACUCGACGAGGCUCUCAGCAGGGAAGGCAGCCCUCGCCUCUCGACUAGCAAUACUGUUGGAGGCGCGGAUUUGGUGGCUGCCGGGGCAGCUAACGACGAAACCUUUCCGUUCCCGUCUCAUGCCGCCCCGGGCCAUCUCCUCAAGUCUCUCAUACAAGCGACGGAAAAUGAGCGGUGUGCUCCGGAUAUUCUACCCUAUCCCGAGGCCAUCGUUGAUAGUGUUGUGGCGCAGAUUGUCGCUCAAAACGAGCAAAUUAGGUUACUCGGCACGGACGAAAGACAAAAGGCAGCCGGAAGCGACUCUGGCGUUUCCCUUCUUCCUUUUAAACCUUCGGACAUCAUGGCGCUAGAGGUGCAGCGUGCACAAUUCUUUCUGUGUGAAUUGCUGCGGUGUCGAUUACGGAAGAUUGAGGCCCUUGCCCUUACAAUUAAUUACGAGUCUCAAUCCGGUGCUGAAGCACACACACAGUUGCGGGAGCACCUUUCGCAUAACGAGAUCGUUGUGGCUGACCGGCUUGCUGAAUUGAUAAGCAAAUGUGUGAGACAAGCGGGGCUGCAGUCGGCACCCUCUGAGCUACAGCAGUUGGUGCCCAACGCACCAUACGCCGAGGGUAACGAGGUGCUGCCAAUUCCAGAUAUUGACCACUACGUAUUUUGCGUCGUGCUGGAUGAUUUAGGGGUAGUGAGGCUUGGCGACGACGCCGAGCAGACGGUUCAUGCCGGUGAGGUUUUUAUCGUCCCUUACCGCACAUUCAGGCCGUAUAUCUUGGAGGGACGCGUGAGGUUGGUUUGA